AUGAAUUUCUUCUAUAUGGACGAGAUGGGAAAUUUCACAACUUUCUUGGCAUGGGAUAAAUUCAAUGUGGUGAAAACAGUUCCUUUCGAUUCACGAUAUAUGUUUUUUGGUUCCUACUCGGAUGGUUAUUUAUUGCAAUACGACUCAUCGAAACCGUGGGUGAAUACUGAACUCGGUAAGAAUAGCUCAAAUCCGCUAUUACUCGCCACUGCAACUCCUCACAUUAUUCGACCCAGUUGUGUCUUGGUUCAUCCCAAUAAUGACCUAGUUUUAAUGAGCGGUGGUCCUGGCUAUGGAAAAACAGGUGGUGGUCUCCUUAUUUGGAGUCGAAAGAAAUACCAAGCCACAAUUUUAAAUCAUACACAACUCAUUGAAAAUCAUGCCACUCACAGUAUGGUUCUGCAUCCCAACAUGACCGAUGUGUUAAUUGCUGGAACCACCAUUGCACCUGGAUCGGGCGGCCAACAGUUGGCUACUCUUGCUCAACUCUACAUGUUGAAUUUGACCUCGAAUCAAAUUAUGUGGAAAAUGGCACCACUUCCAGGAGUUGCUUAUUAUUAUGAGCUCAUUGUGGCACCUCAAACCGGUUAUGUGUAUGGUAUGACCGACAAUGACAUCUUUUUCGUUUUUAAUCCCAAUACGAUGCAAGUCAUUCACAACAAAACAGUGGCACAUGCAUGUGUGAGUCAAGGCCCACAUCUCUUUGUGCCACAUGUCAAUGGAAAAGAAAUUUAUUUGACAUUAUCCACUGGAAUUUUUAGAAUUGAGCCUUAUAAUUUCACAUUGACAAUGGUCUUUACUUCCAAGUAUGCCAUGUGUGGAGGAGUGAUAAUGAAAAGUGGUUGGUUUUAUUUUAUAAGUAAUUCACACGUGUACGGAUUUCAGUUAUUCAAUGGAACAAAUGUCAAUCCAGUGCCUUCGUUGUCAGUUCAACCUCCCAAACCUUCGCCCAUUCCUUCUCGAUCUAUCACGCCAAAAGCAUCAGUGAGUUUAUGGAAGCCUCAAAUCUCGAGCAGUGUUUGGAAUCCAACAAAUAAUCGAACAGCAGUUUCAUUGGGCGUGUCAAUUUUUGAAAGAAAUAUUGUUGGGUUUUGUGGUGUGAUUGUGGUGCUGAUACUCAUGUUAUGCAAUUUAUCAAUCAACAUUUGA